CGUUCUGAUACGACCACCUUCAGACUCACGUACGUGCUUGGCUCGUUGCUUCGCAGUUGAGGCACGUCGUACGCACGAGGCGCUUCGCGCUCAAGCGUCGCGCUCGUAUCAAUAUCUUUGGCCAUCGCCAUUAAUUCGCGUCGUGGCGGACUGCGAUACUGAUGCAGCCGACGUGCUGGCUUCCGCUCCCGGCCAGUAUCAAGGCCUCAGCACCAAGCAAUCCCUGCAGUGACGCAGCGAUAACUCAUCCUUCAGUCCCAACAACAGCUGACGACGACGUGGAGAGGGCACUUCAAUAUGGCUGUCGACGACGACAUUGUCGACUGGGCCAACACGCUGCGCUGCUCACCAUAUUCAUCGUCGUUGCAUUGUCUUCGAGAUGUGUUAGUGCAGCCGCCGUCGGAACAUUCCAGCCGCAGCACUGUGUCAAGUGCGCGGGGCUCAAAUACUGCACGAUCAUGAACGGCCAGUACAUGUUCGACCCCAUCGCUGGUUACUCCAGAGAGUCCACAACGCAGCUUGAGAAACAGGGAGUAUGUGAGGACUUAGACGCCAAAACGCUGGCACUCAUUCCAUUCGGUACGCAGCUCCAGUUCAAGGACACACUGGCGUGCCACAAGCUCGUGUGGAAUUUUCACUGCCUGUCAUGGGUGGCCACUACGUUCCAACGAAAUGUGAACGGCACACGUGUGAGCUGUGCCACUACCAGUGGAUCUACUACGGUGCCACUGCCGCCGUGUCGAUCAUUGUGCGUGGAGGUGGCAGAUAAGUGUGUUUAUUCGCACUUUUAUCGGAUGUAUCUGGAUGAGGUGUGUGGGAAUAUUGCAUGCUUGACAGAGACUCAAGAGGCAAAGAACACUGGAUCCACGGAUACUAACGUAGCGGAGACCACGUGUGUGUCUGGAAGCUGGGUGUAUUCUGAGAACAAGACGUUUUCACGCUGUUCCACUCGUGCUUAUGAGCCUCCCGUAGCAGUAGCUACUCGCGAUACCAUUUGCAAGGCGGUGAUUGCUGUGUGUGUGCUGAGCGUCUUGUGGCUGAUGUGACGAAGUGCUACAUAUCCUUGCAGUAGAGGUCUCAGUAGAAAACGGCUUUGCUUAGCCUUGGCUAGGUUGGACAAACCAACCAUAAUACCAUUCAGCGGCAUUCGAGUUGCAUCGUACUUUACUCUCAUGAAUAUGGAUAUAUGCUAUAUGAAUCACGAAUCAGGCCGUACUCGUGCAAAUCUAAGAAGUCGAGUAAUGUAUCGCGUUCACUUUCUCAGCGAGCGGCGAAGGAGUUGCUUC